AUGUAUGCAAAAACUUCCCAGGGCUUUAAAGACGUUCCAGACAACUCUACCGACAACGAGAAAAUGAAUCAGCAAAUGAGACCGUUAUCGGCUCUAAGCUUGAAUCUGUCUCAUAAUCAGCUUUUCGGAUCAAUUUCUUCUGCUCUCGGGUCUUUGCCUGAGCUCGAUAAUCUUGAUUUAGAUGAUGAGCAAACAAAUAAAAUCUACAUUAGAGAGGAUCAUGAAAUAAAUAUAGGGAACAAGAAUUAUAUAUCAACUGGUAUGCAAACGGUCAUAAAUGCUGAAGAGCCUCAUCAAGAAAUCAAGAAAAAAGCUCGAGUGUGCAUUCGAGUUUCCACAAAAGAAAAUAUGAUAAGUGAUGGAUGCCAUUGGAGGAAAUAUGGUCAAAAAAUAGCAAAAGGAAAUCCAUAUCCACGAGCAUACUAUCGUUGUAGCAUGGGAACUUCUUGCCCCGUUCGUAAACAGAUACAAAGAUGUCAAGAAGACAAAAGCAUUCUUAUGACAACGUAUGAGGGACAUCACAACCAUCAGUUACCUGCCGCUGCUCAACCCAUGGCUAAUACAAUAUCAUCUGCAAUCUCAAUGCUAUUUAGUGGCGAAAACGCGCCAAGUUCAAUCGAUCAAUUUUUUGCCCCAACCAUAUUCUCACACACUCCCGGCCUACCAAGCGUAGCCACAAUCUCGGCAUCGACUCCACAUCCUACUAUUACAUUAGACUUCACUAAACAAGUAAACUCGCAAUCGACAACACAAGAUAGUAUGAGCUUGAUGAAAUUUAUGCAACUCUUAGGCCAAAGUCCCCAAGGUAAUAGUAAUUUGCCUAUUGUUGACCUAAUAAGUGUUAUUAAGAUGGCUUUGGAAUCAGAUCCCAAUUUAAUCUCCGUAUUAGCAUCAAGCAUUGCCUCGACAAUUAAGGCACAUUUUGAAGGUAAAAAAGAAGAUAGUAUGGGGGAUAUUAGUGAGAAUGCUAUGGAUAAAAUUUGA